CAGGCCGGCUGGGCGGGCGUCUGGCCCUUUAAGGGCCGCCCCCGGGGAGGUGCCAGGCCCUGCUGGCUCCAGUCUCCCCUUCCUGGUCCUGCGGGGCACCGACUGUACGUGGGGCAGAGGGAGGGGGCCGUGUCCGUCGCCAAGCCAGGUGCCCUGGCCUGGCCCCAUGGCCUUGGUCACAGUGAGCCGCUCGCCUCCGGCCAGCGGCCACUCCACGCCCGUGGGGCCCCCGGACCAGGCAUCCCAACGGAGAAGCCGGCUCCAGCGACGGCAGAGCUUUGCUGUGCUCCGGGGGGCUGUCCUGGGACUGCAGGACGGAGGGGACAAUGAAGAUGUGGCUGAGGCCAGCCCUGAGCCGGCAGAGGAACCCCCAGGUGAGGGGCAAGCCCAUGGGGACCAGGCAGACGAGGGCCAUGGACCCCAGAGUCCCCAGAAGCAGGAGCAGAGGCAGCACCUGCACCUCAUGGUGGAGCUUCUGCGGCCACAGGAUGACAUCCGCCUGGCAGCCCAGCUGGAGGCAGCCCGGCCCCCCCGGCUCCGCUACCUGCUUGUAGUGUCCACGAGAGAACCCCAAAGCCAGGACGAGACACUCCUCCUGGGGGUGGACUUCCCUGACAGCAGCUCUCUCAGCUGCACCCUGGGCCUGGCCCUGCCCCUGUGGAGCGACACCCAGGUGUACCUGGACGGAGAUGGGGGCUUCAGUGUGACUUCCGGCGGGCAGAGCCGGAUCUUCAAGCCCAUAUCCAUCCAGACCAUGUGGGCCACCCUGCAGGUGUUGCACCAGGCAUGUGAGGCGGCCCUAGGCAGUGGCCUGGUGCCAGGGGGCAGUGCCCUCACCUGGGCCACCCACUACCAGGAGAGAGUGAGCUCGGACCAAAGCUGCCUCAACGAGUGGAUGGCUAUGGCCGACCUGCAGUCUCUGCGGCCUCCCAGUGCCGAGCCUGGCCGGCCCUUAGAGCAAGAGCAGAUGGAGCAGGCCAUCCGGGCAGAGCUGUGGGAGGUGCUGGACACCAGCGACCUGGAGAGCGUCACUUCCAAGGAGAUCCGCCAGGCCCUGGAGCUGCGCCUGGGCUGCCCGCUGCAACGGUACCGCGACUUCAUCGACAACCAGAUGCUGCUGCUCAUGGCCCAGCAAGACCGGGCCUCCCGCAUCUUCCCCCACCUCUACCUGGGCUCGGAGUGGAAUGCGGCCAACUUGGAGGAGCUGCAGAGGAACAGGGUGAGCCACAUCCUGAACAUGGCCCGGGAGAUCGACAACUUCUUCCCGGAGCGUUUCACCUACCACAAUGUGCGUCUCUGGGACGAGGAGUCGGCCCAGCUGCUGCCCCACUGGAAGGAGACACACUGCUUCAUCGAGGCCGCCAGAGCCCAGGGCACCCGGGUGCUAGUCCACUGCAAGAUGGGCGUCAGCCGCUCGGCCGCCACGGUGAUGGCCUACGCCAUGAAGCAGUACGGCUGGGGCCUGGAGCAGGCGCUGCGGCAUGUGGAGGAGCUCCGGCCCAUCGCCCGGCCCAACCCUGGCUUCCUUCGCCAGCUGCAAACUUACCAGGGCAUCCUGACCGCCAGCCGGCAGAGCCAGGUCUGGGAGCAGAAAGUGGGUGGGGUCUCCUUAGAGGAGCCCCUGGCCCCAGAAGUCUCUGCGCCGUCCCCAGCUCUUCCGCCAGAACCCGGGGGCGGUGGGGAGGUGAAGGCUGUGGGGCUGCAGGAGAGCCAGGUGGCCCCAGAAGAAGAGCCUGGGCCCCGGCCCCGCAUCAACCUUCGUGGGGUCAUGAGGUCCAUCAGUCUUCUGGAGUCUUCCUCGGAGCUGGAAAGCACCUCAGAGGCUGGUGACCUGCCAGAGGUGAGGCUGGGCAAGGAGCCCCAUGAAGAGCCUCUGCAGCCCUUCCCGCAGCCCUCGAGGGCCAAGGGGGUCCAGAAGGGGCCGUGGCCUGCCCUGAAGUCCCGCCAGUCUGUGGUUGCCCUCCACAGUGCCGCCCUGGUGGCCAGCAGGACCCAAGCUUUCCAGGAGCAGGACCAGGAAGUGGCUGGCUGUGCCUCCACCCCCAGAAUCCGGAAGGUGGUGAGGCAGGCCAGUGUGGAUGGCAGCGGAGAGGAGGGCGAGGCCUGA